UGGGGGUCGGAGCAAGAGGGAAAGACGUGCACCUGAUCCCGAAACUGAACCUACACAUGGAUCUGGACCCAGCUGUGUUUCUGUGAAGAGUGACAUGUCAAAGGAUGCAAUUAUUAAUUUUAAUUUGGAGUGUGCUGCUGGAGAAGGGUGAGCGUGCAUGUAAAUGUCGCCUUAAGCCUUACCCUGGAUUUACACUGGUCCGUCUACGGUCCGUCUACGGUGCGUCUCUGUUAUGUAGCGUGGGGGAGUCCAUCUCAGGACCGUCGGAACAUUGUCCCUGUUGCGUUUCUUGUCCCCCCCCCCCUCUGGCAGCCAGAAGAGUGGUUUGUCCCACCAUCUUUGUGUCGAGUAGUUCGUCCCACCCUCUUCACUCACCCCGAUUUUAGCAAUCAGACCCCAUGCCCUCUCCUUCCUCAUUGAGUCAUUUUAAAUCAUGUUACGUUUUUCGACUUUCGGAAUUCAACUUGCCGAAAAUGGCCAACAGUGUCAACUGUGGUGUUAACAUGCAUUAUUGCCUGGGCACAUCACCUUACAACGUAAGCUUUUAUUUUGAAACCCAGACUUGUGUCCGGUUCUCCUGUUGUUUGCUGCGACAUUGACAUGUCAACGAACUGGAAAUAGAACUCCUGCGUAAAGCUUCUAAUGUCUUCAUGGCUUUGUGGAUGUAUGUGGGCAGAAUUUGGUGUGGGGGGUGUAGGGUGAAAAAAAAAAGAUUUAUGCGACACAACUACGUCUCGCCUACUUAACCCACACUCUACCCUUGCUGUACAAGUGUUUGCUCUAACCUCCCACUUGCAGCACGCCCAUAGAUAAAUUAUAUGAUAAAAAAUGUUCGCUCUACUGGCUCACCAAGCGGUCUAAGAUAUUCUGUGAUGGAUACCUGCAUUUCCUGUACAGAAACUAUCAGAAACGCAGAACUCGUUCUACAUCUGGACCCAGCUGUAGUUCCCUGAGGAGUGACAAAUCAAAGGAUCCCAUUAAGAAUUUUAAAUCAGGUCACAUGUCAGCUGAAAGGAUGGACCAGGAGCUCCUAGUAGGUCCCAGUGAUCAAUCUAGCCUUCAGAAUCAAACCCCGAUUGACUCCACCUUUGAGCUUCUGGAGAUUAGCAUUGUCACUUUUGUGAAGAAAGGACUACAGAAAUUCAAGAAACUUCUGAGUAAAAGUUCUUUUGAACACAUGGCAAGACCGAUGGAUGAUAUAGACGUGUGUGGGGUUGACGAUGAAGAGCAAGCCAAGAUAUUGAGAGAAAUGUUUCUAGAAAUGACAAUUGUCUUUCUGAAGGGAAUAAAUGAAGAGGAACUGGCUGACCGUCUGCAGAGCAAUUUCCCCACCACAUGCCAGCGUAAACUAAGAACCAACCAAAAAAAGAAGUUCCAGUGUCUUUUUGAGGGAAUCGCUAAAGCAGGAAACCCAACCCUUCUGAAUGAGAUCUACACAGAGCUCUACAUCACAGAGGGAGGAACUGGAGAGCUGAAUGAAGAACAUGAGGUCAGACAGAUUGAAGCAGCAUCCAGGAAAGCAGACAGAGCAGAAAAAACCAUCAAGCAAGAAGAAAUCUUCAAACCUCUUCCCGAAAGACAAGAACCAAUCAGAACCGUGAUGACAAAGGGAGUGGCUGGCAUCGGGAAAACAGUCUUAACACAGAAGUUCACUCUGGACUGGGCUGAAGACAAAGCCAACCAGAACAUCCACUUCAUAUUUCCAUUCACUUUCAGAGAGCUGAAUGUGCUGAAGAAUAAAAAGUUCAGCUUGGUGGAACUUGUUCAUCACUUCUUCCCUGAAACCAAAGGAAUCUGCAGCUUUGAAGACUUCCAGAUCAUCUUCAUCUUUGAUGGUCUGGAUGAAUGUCGACUUCCUCUGGACUUUAGAAACAGUGAGAUAGUGACGGAUGUUACACAGUCCACCUCAGUGGGUGAUCUGCUGUCAAACCUCAUCAGGGGGAAACUUCUUCAUUCUGCCCACCUCUGGAUAACCACACGACCUGCAGCAGCCAAUCAGAUCCCUGCUGAGUGUGUUGGCAUGGUGACAGAGGUCAGAGGCUUUGCCGAUCCUCAAAAGGAGGAGUACUUCAGGAAAAGGUUUAAAGAUAAAAAGCAAGCAAGCACAAUCAUCUCCCACAUCAAGAAAUCCAGAAGCCUCCACAUCAUGUGCCACAUCCCAAUCUUCUGCUGGAUCUCUGCUACAGUUCUGGAGGAUCUGCUGAAGAGCAGAGAGGGAGGAGAGCUGCCCAAGACUCUGACUGAGAUGUACGUCCACUUCCUGGUGGUUCAGGCCAAAGUCAAGAAGGUCAAGUAUGAUGGAGGAGCUGAGACAGAUCCUCACUGGAGUCCAGAGAGCAGGAAGAUGAUGGAGUCUCUGGGGAAACUGGCUUUUGAGCAGCUGCAGAAAGGAAACCUGAUCUUCUAUGAAUCCGACCUGACAGAGUGUGGCAUCAAUGUGACAGAGGCCUCAGUGUACUCAGGAGUGCUGACUCAGAUCUUUAUUGAGGAGAAAGGUCUAUACCAGGACAAGGUCUACUGCUUCAUCCAUCUGAGCAUUCAAGAAUUCCUUGCUGCUCUUCAUGUCCACAUGACCUUCAUGAAGUCUGGAGUCAACCUCUUGGCAGAGGAGCAAACCUCAUCUCAGUCAUCCUCACCAGGCCAGGAAUCUGCAGACAUUCAGUUCUACCAGACCUGUGUGAACGCGGCUUUAAAGAGUCAGAAUGGACAUUUGGACCUUUUUCUACGAUUCCUUCUGGGACUUUCAAAGCUAAACAAUCAGACCCUCCUUCAAGGACUACUUGUCCCAACAGGAAGCAGCAUUGAAACAGAUGAGAAGACAAUCCAACACAUAAAGAUAAAAAUCAGUGAGAAUGUGUCUGUGGAGAAAAACAUCAACCUGUUCCACUGCCUGAAUGAGCUUGAUGAUAAUUCUCUGGCAGAGGAGAUUCAGAAUUUCCUUAAUUCAGGCCGUCUCUCCGUAAACACACUGUCCUCUCUUCAGUGGUCUGCUCUGGUCGUCAUUUUACUGUCAGAUAAAGAUCUGGACGUGUUUGACCUGAAGAAGUACUCUGGUUCAGAGGAAGUUCUUCUAAAGCUGCUUCCAGUGGUCAAAGCCUCCAACAAAGCUCUAUUGAGUAACUGUAAACUAUCAGAGAGAAGUUGUAAAGCUCUGGCAGAAAUUCUUAUCUGUGAGUCCUGCAGUCUAAGAGAGCUGGACCUGAGUAACAACGAUUUGGGCGAUUUAGGACUGAAGCAUCUUUGUGUUGGACUGGAGAAUCCUAACUGUACUUUGGAAACUCUCAGCCUGUCAGGAUGUGGGAUCACAGAAGAAGGCUGCACAGUUUUGGUGUCAGCUCUCGAGUCCAACCCCUCCAAUCUAAAAGAGCUGGACCUGAGCUACAACCAUCCUGGAACAGAAGGGGUGAAACUCCUCACUUCAAAACUGGACACUCUCAAGGUGGAACCUGCUGGAGAGGAAUGGUUGACACCAGGUCUAAACAAGUAUUCCUGCCAACUCUCCAUUGACACAAACACAGUGAGCAAGAAGAUCGGGUUGUCCGACAACAACAGCCGGAUGACUCGUGUGGAUGUGCUGCAGCCGUAUCCCGACCACGACGACAGAUUUGACCUCUUUCAGCUGCUCUGCAGAGACACUCUGAGCGGCCGCUGUUACUGGGAGGUGGAGUGGAGCGGGAGGGUGGACGUAGCUGUUAGCUACAAGGGAAUCAAGAGGAAAGGGGACAGUGAUGACCGCUGGUUCGGCUUCAAUGAUCAGUCCUGGAGUCUGUUUUGCUCCGACGACGAUGGUUACUCUGUUUGGCACCGUAACGAAAAAGUCUUUGUCCCCUCCUCAUCUCCAUCGUCCUCCUCUCACAAAGUAGCCGUGUAUGUUGACUAUCCUGCUGGGAUUCUGUCCUUCUUUGAAGUCUCCUCUGACACACUGAUCCACCUCCACACCUUUUACACCACUUUCACCGGACCUCUUUAUCCGGGGUUCGGGUUUGAGUUCAGGAUUGGAUCCUGGCUGUCUCUCCGUCCAGUUUAACUUUAAACUGGACAUAUUCUCAAUCUGUUUCUUUCUGAGGCAGGUUCAAAGAUUCCUUUUGAGAUUCUAUUUUCCUUCCUUUUAACUCAAAAAUGCCUUAUAAAUCCCUAAGGCUGGAUAAAAGAAUGGAAUGUGAAAGAAACCAUCAUUCCAAUACCCAGAUAUUGUUUUUCUCGGUUUUCAGUCCAAGAAGUAACCUCUGUAUUGGUGAAGUGCUGCUGUACAGCUCAUUAAUGAACACAUUAUGUAGAAAUCAAACACUUUAUAUUGUAGUGAUCAGGCUCAACUUGAAGUAAAAGGACAUAUUUAUAUCAGACGCUUUGAUGUGAUCAACUGGAAAUGGUGAACAUGGUUAUUUAGACUGAGAAGCAGUAAAGACUGAAUAAGACCAACACUAAGACUAGAAGCCUUCAUAAAGCCAUUGCUCACCACACUAAUACAUAGAAAGGAAAAUGUGAAGGAUGACCAACAGUCCUUGUUCUGGACCACCUAAAGGCCAUGUCCAGGUUCUAGUUGCAGGUCAGAAACCUUUCAGAACAACAGAUGGAUUAGAGUGGUCACCACUAGUGAUGGGACGAAAACUAUCCCACGAUUCGCAAUACCCUCUAUCCCUUAAUCGAACUAUUGGUAUCGUGAAUGUAUCGUCAUUUAACGUGAGAUUCCCAGCCCUAGUCCCCACCUUCUCAGACUGCAGAGAGAAAUAAAAUAAAAUAAAAACAUGACCUGCAUUUUAUCUGUUAUAUUUAUAAUCUGAUUCCUGAACAACUUUUACUUUGGAAAACUACUUCUCCCCACCAAAUUAAUCUCACUCUCGUCAAGUGACUUGGUCACACGUCAACGCUCCAUCCGUUACUCUCUCAAAGCGGCUGCGCUAACCGCUAAAUUCAAACCCCAAGCUAGCAAAUUUAACAUAAAAACAAACGUAUUUGGAAAGUUUAUUUUGGCAGAAAAGAACCAGUGAGAAAAAAGAAGAAUAGCCUUUGACUUCAAAAUAAAAGACAUCUACAUUUAACAGUUAACUACCAGUACUCCAAACAUGGAUUUGUUGCGACAGUUGUUCUCGCACAUCAUAAUAAUAAUGCAAAAUUAAUCAGCGACCGACCGAGGAUGCGGCUAAUAAAGUUGAUCAAGUAGAUUCGCGUUUAUGUUAUUAUUAUUAUUAUUAUUGAAAUUACUAGUAUUGGUGAUCUUUUUCUUCUUGCAUUUGUUCUUCAAAAGUUGGAUGGGGCUGAAGUUGGCGUGUGAUUUAUUUUAGCUUCUACUUUAUCAGUUGGGUGUUAAGGGAACAUUUAUGUAUAUCAAAUUUCAUAGGUCCUAAAUGAAAUCCAGUGUACACCAAGUUUAAAGCAGCUACAGAUCUUUCACAGAGGACAAAGAUCUACUUUACACUAAAAAGUUGAGGGAAACUGGAGAAAAUGAGAAAUCAGACGCUCGCUUCAGGCUUGUACAGGCUGAUCCAUAAAAGUAUUGUCUCAUAUUAAACCGGUCUGAGGCCUGGAAAGGGUUCAGGACCACUGAUUCAGAGCCCGCAGUUUUAGUAUUAGUGUCGAGUAUUAGUUUUUUAUGGAUCUGCUUCAAAAUGAGAUGUUACUGCUACAACAAUCCCAAAAGGGCAUUUUUGUGUGUGUAAAUGUUUUAUUUAUGGAGUCUAUUAUUAUUAUCGUUAUUAGAUUUAUGAUUUGUUUAAAUAAAAAUACAACUGCACUAAGAUUAAGCAAAUAUCCAAAGGAUAAAGAAACUACAAAGAAAAGCGACUGUAUGUUUAUUUUUAAUCUUCAAAGCCUUUGGUUGUUUACAUUUGAUGACGUGUUAUAUUUUUACACCUCAACACAGACUGAAUGUUACUUAUAAGUAAUUAUUAAUCAAUUUAUAAUCAAAGUGAUUAUAUGAUAAACUUAAAUAAAUUAUUUAUUCAAAUCAAAAGUGUAGUUUUUUUCUGAAACAAACGUCUUUUUUUUCUUCUUAUUGUGGCUUAAUAAAAUUGGAUGAG